AUCAAAAUCAAGAUAACCUACUAGUAUCGACGUCAUCUUACGCCCUACACAGAGGGGUUGAGGAAUACUUAAACAGUCAUGCCUCACGACCAUGCCGGUGGACAAUAUCCACAAGACAAUCAAUCAUUUUCAUUAGAGUAUAUGCCUCAUUCACCUCCUGCCUCAGCCCUGACGCAAAGCCUGAUAGAAUAAGACACCAUCGUGCAUUUGAUUUGACUGUCGAAAAUGGCCAACAUCAUGGACCCCAUCGAUGAUCCGUCUUAUAACGUCGAAGCAACGGAACAUGCCUUUGGUACAAGCGCGUCAGACCUUCGUCGCGACGUCAGUACCUACAACAAUGAUGCGAACGACACCGGUAGUGGCUCGUAUGGGUACUCCGAAAAUCGCCACCCAAGCAGUAUCACUGACUCCAUUGAUCGGAGGGCUGUCGGCGAUCGGUAUGACCGUACUCCCGGCAUCUCAUCUAAUACUGGUUCCUACGCCCAAGGUGCUAUAAGCCCGAGCCAGAAACAGUAUCUACAAAACACAAGUGAACAACCCACGCAGCACGAGUCACCACUUCACCAGUCUCAAUACAACGCCCCGGGUUCAGCCGAGUUAUCAUAUGGCACCAAUGUUCUAAGGCCGACAGUUGCCGGAUUCCAGUCGAGCAAUGUUGAGAGCUCUGGUCCGCACAUGGACAACAACUUUGAUAACAUCAACUCCUACAACUCAAAAGAACUGUGCGGUCAGAGCUCUCAGAAUAUCUCACCUCGCCAUCAGUCCCAGCAGACUAUACCUGCUGCUACCGAGUCAUCGCAUGGUUCUAGAGCUCCAUCAUCGACGGCCACUGAGUUCGAGCCGAGGAACACUGAGGACAACAAGGAGCCGCUUAUCAAGAGUAGCUAUGGAAGCAGCAACGCCCAUGGGACAGGAGAUCAAUAUCCUCAACAUGACUCGUUUCUGCGCCAGUCUCAGACUAGCAUGUCAGGCCCUGCUGAGUCGAGACAUGGCACUGAAGUUCCAGCGUCAAUGGCCACCGCAUCACAGACGAGCAAUUCUAGGAACACGACUGGACCGCGCGUGAAUAGCGGUCGUGACACCAAUGCUGAUGCCAGUACCACUGAUAUCAACAAAAAGAAAGGCGAGAGGUUUGAAGGGAAUCAAGAUGACGACAUUACUGGGGAGAAAGUCAACGGUAUUGCAGGCGUGAUCCCUAUCUCUGGCAGUGCUGGUCCAACUACUACUAAAACUUUCGACCCUCAUGCUGAGCUCAGCGAAACCAGUAAGAACGUCUCUGCAACAGCGUCUACAGGUAAUGACGGCGAAGACCGAAAGGCGCCGGCUCGCCAACAUAAUCCAGCCAGCAGCAGCUACAACACAACGAGAAGCAGCGAUGAACAGUCAACCGCCAACUCAGAGAGGGGCAGCGGAUUGGGGAAGAAAAGCCACUCGGGCACAGGCGUAGGUGAAGUCCGGUCUGCUGAAUCUCGGAGUGCGGUUUAAGCCUGCUACGAUGUGACUUACCGGUUGUAUAUUAAAUCAAUAGGCAGGCGGGAAGACGUGAAUGUAAGAAAGCUUCACAUAUUGUUUCCCGUGACUAGUUAUCGGACAGCCAUAGCAAAGCACUUUAGCCAGGUUCCAUGCCUCGGUCCACCAAUAAAUAGUAUUUGCC